GUCCCACCUCUACUUCCACCCAAAUCUCGACACUCUUUCCAUCUGGCUAUCGAAAAGCUUUCAGGCUAACGGUUCUCUGCCGGGAAGUCUUGGGACUCUUGGCUGUCUCCAUGUCAGGUUCGACCUUCUGUCAGACUUGAUUUCGAGCACCUAGGAAAAGCAACGGCCGGCAGUCUCCCCCAUCAGGACGGCAAAAGCCCACCAGUCCGGCUCUAUGGUAGUGAAAUCUAUGGAGGGUUCGUCACGAUACCUCUAUUCUGGAUUGGAUCUGCAUUCCUUGGCCGCAUAUUCUCGUGCCAAUCAUAUAGCGAGAUCAUGCAAAGCAUCAGUCGAUCCAUACCAUUGUGUGUGGCAUUUGCCAUGCCAUGCCAUUUUAACAGCCAUCACUUUUUGAUUUUUUCAGUCUGAAAACUGAGGUGGUCUCUUGACACUAUUAGGAGCACUAGUUCCUCUCUUUCGUGCUCUUCCCUUCCGGGGCAAGUCCUAAGCUGGGUCCCGAAUACUUAGUCGGCGAUACGGUUCAAAAUUUAUGUUAGGUUUCAAUGUAGAUUUGAUCGGUCCAAGCUUUGACGGGGUGUUCUCCUGUCCCCUCUCGUACUAUAGCCCUAACUCCUAUUUCUUUAAUACCCUGUCUUAAUCUCGGCCUUAAACCCUGUCUAGUCAGUUGCACUCACUGCAAAAGGUGGCCCAUGGUGCCAAUCACCCAACAUGGCUCUCGAACAGCUCUUCGAACGAGACGAUGCCAAACCUAUUGACAGGACAGUACAGAAAUGGAACACAGCGACUCAGUCACUAUGCAUCGCUGCAAUGACUCUGUUCUUCCUAAUGCGUGCAUACACCCGAGUCUUCCUUCUCAAUGGCUUUAACAAAGAAGACUGGACCUGUUUAGGUGCUUGGCUCCUUGGAGUCUGCUACUCCGUCAUUGCGCUCAUCAUGGGCGCCCAUGGAGGAGGUCUACACAUCGACGACGUAUCCCCCCAUGACCAGGUUGUCUUCCAAAAAACCGUCUACGUAACCAUGGUCAUGUACGGACCAACCGCAUACCUGACCAAAGUCUCACUCCUCUGGAUCAUGACCCGAGUAUUUAGUCCAUUCCGCAAAGCCGUGACCUUCAUCUACAUCUUCCUCGGUGUCAUGCUGGCCUACUACAUCCCCGCCGUUAUCGUCAAGAUCCGAAUCUGCGACCCGAUCUCCAAAUUCUGGGCACCCGAUCAUCCGGGCACAUGUCUCAAUCAGCGUUCCAUUAUCAUGGCCGACGCUGUCGUCAGCGUGGUCAGCGACCUUAUCAUCCUCCUUGUCCCAUUACCAUUAACCCUAGGUCUACAACUCCCAACGAAGAAGAAGAUGCGAGUCAUGGGUAUUCUCGGUGCAGGAGGUCUCGCCGUCGCAUCGAGUAUCAUCCGGCUUAUAUUGAUUGUUUACACGGGCCAGUCGGAGGAUGGUACCAUGGCGUUUAUGCGGAUUAACAUGUUCGGAAAUGCUGAAAUCGCCAUCGGCGUCAUCUGCGCCUGUCUCCCUGCCCUUUCGGCCAUCCUCUCCCGCGUCUACCACGAAUACUCCAACAGCAACAAAGCCACCGGCGGAACCUCCGGUCACGAGCUAAGCAAGAUGAAGAACCAGAGCCGCAGCAUGAAAACUGACAAAAGUCGAAGCCGCAUGAGCUAUCUGGAGAUGACCUCGGACCAGGACGUUCUGAUGCAUAAUGCUCAAAGCGAGCCGAAGGUUGAAACGACCGUUCACGGAGACCGGAAUUAUUAUGGAAGCGAGAACCCUGGUGGAUCGCUCGCUAUCUUCAAAACGGUUGAUGUUGAGACUUCCGUAACGAGGAGGGAGUGAGGCUUUUCCUUGUCUGGAUUAUGAGGAUUAAAAAAAAAAAAAGUGUCAAGCUUAUUGGGCGUAUCUGGGUUUUGGCUACUUUGCUAGGGAUCUGAUAGGCUCGUCUUUGGGUCUUUUUACGAUGUUUUCUAUGAUGAUUCUGUAUAUGUGCUAUAGUUAAUUUAAUGAUAUUUGAUACCCAA